AUCCCCCUAGCGAUCGAGAGAUCAAGAUGGCUUUCUCGGCUGCUGGUCCACCGGCGGGCUACGCGGGUAUGAUGGGGGGCCCGUCCUCGGGACACACUCGAGUCAGCUACAAGAGGGCUCCCAACUUCCUGGAGCGGCUGGGCGGGAGCAUGUGCGGCUCGAUCGUUGGACUGUUUCUGAUCGCGGGAGCAUGCGCCCUUCUCUUCCUGAACGAGGGAAGGUCUGUGCACACGUACAACAUGUUGGUGGAGACGAGCCAUAUCUGCAAACCAGUCAAAAGCCCCGACAGCGUCUAUUCGGUCCUGGACAACCAACUCAUCUACCUCAGCGGGAAGCUCUCCACCAGUGGCCCCGUCUCUGACGUAGAAUUUGGAGUGUCAGGACAUUACGUGAGACUCAAGAGAAAGGUGGAAAUGUACCAGUGGAUUGAAGAGACUGAAAAAAGGGAAUUCAAGGAACCUGACGGGACAAUCAGAGAGGAACGUCGCUAUAGCUACAGCACCGCUUGGCGGAGCAACGUCGUCAAUAGCAACAGUUUCGACGACCCUCGCUACCACCAGAACCCCCGUUCCAUGCCGGUGGGGAGCAUGGAAUGGACUGCGGACAGGACCAGCGUGGGACGCUACGAGCUGUCACACGACGCAGUAGCAGAGAUUAGUAACUUCCGACCUUUGAACCCGAGUCGUGAAGUGACUAAUGCAGGGAACGUUAUGACAGUGUAUGGAGACAUGCUGUACAGUGGAAUUCCACAGAGACCCGAAGUGGGAGAUAUUCGCAUCUCAUACACGUAUGCAGGCAGAACUGACGAAGGUAGAGAGGACACAGUGUCUGUAGUGGCCAGACAGAGCCCCGGGCCUCUCCUGACUCCGUUCACUACCAGCGACGGAUACCGCGUCCUAUUUCUGUACCAGGAGGCACUGAGCAUGGAUGAGGUUUUCGAGAGACAGCAUGCCUCCAACCAGGCGAUCACGUGGCUCCUCAGAGGCCUUGGCUGGUUGCUAACUGUCGUGGGAUUCAACUUGGUCGCUGGGAUACUCACCACACUAGUGGACUGGAUACCUCUGGUAAGAGAGUUGGUCUCCCUCAGUGUUCUCCUCCUGAGUCUGGCUCUGGGCUCCUCCCUCUCCCUCUUCGUAAUGGCCGUCGCCUGGCUCCGCUACCACCCAUUGUACGGCUUCGCCAUCCUUCUCGCUGCAGCCUCGCCCUUCAUCAUCUCCAAGUUCCUAUCUCACAGGAAUGAACAGAGGAAAGCCUGUUAA